AUGUUCCACGCCAUCCGCCUCACCCUCGCCGCUACCUUUGUUGCUCUGCUCACCCUCAACCCCGCGGUGCAAGGUCUCCCCACCAACGCCAACGCUGCUGGUGUCGAGGGCGCUGCGGCCACGGAUGCUUCUAAAGGCGGAUGCUGGACUUGUCCUUUGACUGACAAGUUCCUCACUCCCAUCGUUGCCGUUCCCGACCUUAGCUUGGAUCCGUUCGCUUGCGUCUAUGGGGCGCUUACGCCUGGAACUUGCUUGUACUCCAAGACCACUGGCGCGUUGAUUGUGGAUUUGAAUAGCAAGAGAUGCCAUGCUUCUGCGUUUGAUCUUUGCCCUUUCCGCGAUUGA